GUGCUUUACCCCCACUCCAGUUCUAUCAAAAAAAUCUGCAUCUAUAAAUAGCAGGAAAAAACCCCCCCAAAUUCUAUCAAAUAAACCUGCUUCCUAAUUACAUAUAAAAAACACAAAUCACUGCAGGAAACCAUACAGAUAGAUAUAUUUAUAACAGAUAUAAAUAUGCCUUGUGUCCAGAUCUCCACCAACGUUUGCCUCGACGGCGUUGACACAGAUUCCAUCUUUUCAGAUGUCACAAAAGUUGUCGCACAAAUCAUCGGCCGUGCUGAGCAUUUUGUGAUGGUGAUAUUGAAGGGUGAUGUGGCCAUAUCAUUUGAGAGAAACAAAGAUCCAGCAGCAUAUGCAGAAAUCAUAUCAAUGGGAGGCAUUACUCCUGAAACCAAGAAACAAUUGAUAUACCAAUUGGGAACAAUUUUACUAGAAAAAUUGUCUAUCCCAAGAACCAGAUUUUUUGUUAAGGUAUAUGAUACAACUAUGGCCACUGCGUAUUCCAAAUCCAAACUCUAGUCCUAUUAAAGGUUCCUAUUGUGUUAGAAUGGUCAAGUUUGGUGUCAUGUACAACUUUUAGUAAUUGGGUGACCUAAAAAAGUAUCAAGGCAAACUACAUUGAAUAUGACCAUUCAAUUGGGCUUAUGUACUCUCUUUUAUUAUAUUUGAAAGAUAUGUUUCAUUUCCCAAUUUAUAUAAGUGUUUUCUUGGAUUUCUUUGUAUGGUCACAUAGAGUUAUUAUGUAAGAUAUUGAAGUUUGGUGGCUAAGGCUUAAAGGCGUGUUAUGCUAAAAAAUGUAAUAAAUUUAUAUAAGUUGUAA